CUUAAAUUUUGAUGGUUCUACCAUUCAUUCAUGCUUCUAGCAUCUUUCUCAAAUCAAUUCCUUAGGAACGUCCCUAUACAAGCAACGCUGUUAUGGACUCCGCUGCUGGGCUUCCUGAAGGUGAUUUUUUGACCGAUUCUUUUGAGUUGAAUGCCAUGAACGAACCCGUUCCAAUGGCAGAUUCCACCUCCGCCUUCGACAUAAAUGUCGAAGCUUCUCCGGCGCAAAUCCCCGCUGGACUUGCACAAGACACCCCAAUUGCAACGCCUGCGAUACCUGCAACACCUGCAACCGGUGAAGCAUUAAAGCGACCGAAGCCACAUGACGAGCCCGACGAGGGAUGGGAAAUUGUCGACCGACGCUCGUCCAAGAAGGCGAAAAAAGAUAAGAAAGAAAAGAAGAUUCCUGCGCCGCAAUCGACAAAUUAUCCUUCAAUUGUCUUCAACUACAACGCCAAGCUCCAAUCAAAAAUUGGACUUGAUUCGCUGCGCAGCCUUAUCCUUUAUAUUUUCGCCGAUGGUAUAGCGCCGCAAUGGGUCGCCGUCUCCCAACGACCUCAGUUCCGAAAGAUUGUCGCAAUAAUGGUACCGGGACUGGAGGAGGCUAUGUUCAAACCAGACACCGACUUCGCGACAUACAAUGCCGUUCCUCUCGACCUCGACCAAAAAGCUCGAGUACUUACAUCGCCCGACGACUACUAUCCGCGAUUACUCAAAAAGGACGAGCUCCCGGAAAUCUUAAAGGACUUUGCGGAUAUGUUUCCACACCUUUGGCCAGUCAAGACUCCUGGAAACGAGAAGUAUGGAACUAUACGUUCGCCAAUUGGGACCGUACUUACAGCGCCCAAUGAGAAGACGAAAGAACCCAAAGGCCAGAACGGUGCCCGGCACGUGAAGGAGCCCCAAGGCUGGAAGGACGAGCGAACGAGGAUCACCGAGUUCCUCAUGAUGCCGGAGGAUUUUCAAUCCAAUGGCUACUUAUUACAUCCUGCCCUCAUACCCAUCGACCGUCGUAGAAACUACCAAGAUCCAGAGGGUUGGGUUCACACCAAUGUCCAGAACCCCGAAGAUGGUGACGCUCCAGAGGAAGAGAUACAGCAAGGAAGCGUCACAGCGGGUCGAGAAGUCCUUGCGCUAGAUUGUGAGAUGUGUAUGACAGGUCCUGACGAAUUCUCUCUCACGAGAGUGAGUCUGCUUAGUUGGGAUGGGACCGUAGUCCUUGAUGAGCUCGUCAAGCCAGACAAGCCGAUCACGGACUAUCUCACCCGAUAUUCCGGCAUCACGGAAGAAAUGUUAGCGCCAGUGACUACGACACUACAGGAUAUCCAGGCCAAGCUCCUUCAUAUCCUCCACCCCCGCACAAUUCUUCUAGGGCAUUCGUUAGAAUCGGACUUAAAAGCUCUACAACUCACUCAUCCCUUUGUUGUCGACACCUCGAUCCUCUUCCCACACAACCGAGGACCCCCCUUGAAGAAUGGCCUAAAGUUCCUGGCGCAACGAUUCCUCAAGCGUGAGAUUCAAAAGGGCGCCGCAGGGCACGACUCUAUAGAAGAUGCGAAGGCCUGUCUAGAUCUCGUCAAGCAGAAAUGCGAGAAGGGCAAAGCUUGGGGGAACAACGACUCACAGGGUGAGAAUCUGUUUCGCCGACUGACGCGACAAGGCAAAGCCUACCGCGCUAACGGCGGCGUCGAGGCCAAGGGAGGUGUGAACGUUGGGAAGACCAGUGCUAUGGUGGACUGGGGUGACCCGAUGAAGGGUGCUGGUGCAGCCGCGACGUUUCCCAUAGGUUGCGGAUCGGACGAGGAGGUAGCCAACGGGACUAUCAGAGCCGUAAUGGGUGAUCCGACUGGGGAGGAAAUACCUGCUGGUGGUGUCGAUUUUGUAUUUGCCCGAUUCCGCGAGUUGGAAGCGUUCCAAGGAUGGUGGAACGGAAGAGGUGACCUGACGCCUCCUGAUCUCUCUGGCGUGUCCCUUGAGACAUGCAUACAGAACCUUACACAGCGCAUCAAGCGCAUCCACGACUCGUUACCCCCUUGCACAGGUUUUAUCGUGUUUAGCGGUUCUGGAGAUCCCCGUGAGAUGGCAAGGAUGCAAGCGAUGCAGGCCCAAUUCAAGAAAGAAUACAAUGGGUCUGGUAAAGCUUGGGAGGAUCUUAGUGUUAAAUGGACUGACAGGGAGGACCAGGCGUUGAGAAAGGCGGCUGGCGUUGCGAGAAAUGGCAUUGGGUUCAUUGGAGUCAAAUGAAUGAGGCGAAUGUUGUUCCUGGGUUGGUGGUUCUCUGAUAUUUUCAUGAUAGGACAUGUCAGUGGCGUGAGGGGACCCAUGAGAUACGAGAACAUGAGCCAUGAAUGCGGUUUAGCACUUGGGCAUUGGGAUUAUGAGAUACCCCGUUUCAUACUCUUUCUCCAUUUGGGAUGGGUAUAUAGGCCUACCAAAGAAAUAGGUGGCUGGCUUUCAAUAUUCAUUGUUUUUCGGGAUCUUGGAUAGUUUUACGUGAAUUAUGUGUGAAGUGAUACCAUUUUAUGUACUUAACUGGUCGGUAUAUGCGUUGUUUACGAUAUAACCUCAUUGACAUCAUACACGUGAGUGUAGCGGCUGCCCAGGCGGUUCUAAGUUCACAUUACAGGGGGGGUUCUGUAUCGCUUAUCGAGACCCGCAGUGGGUCUACCAGCCCCAUAAAUGCAGGAACCCGCUGAACGAUCUCCGAUGGAUCCAUCCAUCAAUUGUUCAAUCAUUCCA